CUUACGAUGCACCAUUUCCUGAAAAAAAAUGAACGAACAAAACGUCAAAUAAAGAAUAAAAUUGACGUUUAUAUAGAAAAUCUAUUUGUGAGUCGGGUAAAUGGAAAUAUUUUAAUGAAUGACCUUGAAAGAGCAGCCUGGUGCUUUUAGUUGGAAAGUUGAUCAGGAAGUGUUGCAGAGAUGCGACUUGUGCGGAGGGAGAGCGUGGAGGAGCCGCAGGAGGGUACAGAGGAAUAUAAACAUGCCAUUAAAUCUGUGAUAAAGUGCCAGAUACAAUCAUUGUUACAGAAGUUAGCUGUUGAGAUUGGUGAAGAGACCAUUGUGAUCAGUACAAAUACUACAGCAGGAACAUACAGCCAGUUUGGUUCAUUCAUGGGGCAGGAAUACCUCGAAGAGAAAGAUGGCUUUGUGCAGUCUAUUGGUUUUGGCUUUAGUGCAUUCUGUGCAGAGAAACAGAAUCUUGGUCAGGUCAGAGAUUUGAAUAAUUACAGUAUUGGUACAGAGGAAAUCCAUUCUGAUACAGUCAGAAAUACCUUGCCAGCCCCAAGAAAGAAAUCACCAAGAAAACGACCUUUGACCCCAAAUUAUGAGUCACCUCCGAACAAGAGGAAGCAGAAUCAGUAUUCAGCUGAGACAGGUUCUAGUCAGAUAUUCAUCAAAACUCCAUACCAGUACCAGCCAACUCAGAGUACCAGUCCUGGUAAGGGAGGCUGUUCUAGUCAAAUAGAGGGAAAUCAUUCUAGUCAGUUUUCAGAUAGAAAUGCUAGUCAGUAUGCGACAGAAGGAAAUAAGAUAUAUGUUUCAAAUAUACCAUUUAUUAAGUCAGAACCAGUAGAUGAUUAUACGCCAAUGACAGCUGAUUACAGACAAGUCACCACCAAUGGCAGUUCUCCAGACAGCAUGUUGUCACAUGACACAGAUAUUUCUCCAGUUGAGGAUUCUGCCAAGAACAGUAUUGCAAACAGACCAACUUCUCUGAUUCCGUUAGCUAAUAUUUUUAAGAGAUAUGGUACAAAGUCAGUUAAAAAUGAGCACAUCAAUACACCAGAGUCCAUCCCGGAGAUCCAAGACAAGGAAGAUGACUUGCCAUCAGAGAGUAGCAUUCUGAGAUCCUUGUAUGACCAACCCUUGUAUGGAAUGGAAGAUAACAGCAGCAGUACAAAUGAUUUUGAAAAUACAAGUCAAGUGGCUAUUAACUUACCAUCAAAUUUAAGUGAAAAUAUAGAACAGUUUCCAUCCACUACAGAAAACCUUGUGCUCUCAGGCUAUUAUGAUGCAGAAAAUUAUCCUGCCUAUCGACACAAUAAAAAGCAUCCAGCCAACAGCAGCACAAAGAAAUCCAAGAGUAAAGAGAAAACAAGUACUGGAAAUAAAUCUGCUACUAAUCCAAGCUAUGUGGACACUUUGGUGAGUCCUGGAGGUUCUGACCUGAAGAUGAGAAUGUUUGAAUCUGGUGGUAGACUGGUCUAUGCCUGUGAUGUUUGCAAGAGAGAGUUAUCCCACUUGACAAGUUACAGACGUCAUAUGAAGCUUCAUACAAUGGAUCGUCCACACAAAUGCCCUGUCUGUUCUAAGGGAUUUAUACGCAAGUACCAUUGUAUAGAUCAUCUCAACAAACAUCACAAGGGUGUAGAAUUUGAUCAUGAUACACUGACUUUACGUGGAAACUCGAAGGGCUUAAAUGAGUCUACUGCAUAUUCGGAAUCUCUCAGCAUUUCACCAGGGGAGUAUAAUUACACCUUGGAUCAGUCCAUUGAAGAGACUGACCAAUCAAUGAACACCAGCAUUGACCAGUCAGCUUCUAACAUGCUUUCAGAGCUCGCUAGAUCUGCUCAGAAGGCUCAGUUUCUUAACCAAUCAGAAGCAGGGACUGUCAUUACAUCAGCUUCUGAGUCAGUAGGUACCAACCAGUCAGAAGCAGGGACUGUCAUUACAUCAGCUUCCGAGUCAGUAGGUACCAACCAAUCAGAAGAGGAGAAAUUCAACAACAUCCAAUCAGAGGCAAUAGAUUCAAAAACACCAGAAUCAGAGAAUAGCAGGAAAGAGAAUGAAAAUCCAGAUGAUGUGAAGAUCACAGAAGAGAAUGGGUCAGAAUCUAUAGAAAACCAGCCAAUCAAAAGCUCCCUUGCAAAACCAGAAAGUAGCUCAUUGGCUAGAAAGUAUGAGGUAACAGAAGGGAUUAAAGCUAUUGUUGCUCAUUUGAAAUCUUCAUCUAAGAAGAAGAAAAUGAUUACAGACAGUGAAAUUUCAUCAGACACACUGAAGACAACAAAUGAAGAAGUUUGAAAGUGUUACUCUGUAGUGUUUUGAGUAUUGUCCAUGACAGUGUUAAAUUGUGUUAAUGGAGUGUGUUGAUGUUUUUUUUUUUGCAAAUUGCAAGAGAAUUAAAGCAUUAGAAAUCCUUUAUUAUGUGGGAGCUUUUAAGUAAUGUGUAGUUUAUGUGUAUAUAUAAAGGUUUACGUAGGGAAAAAUGUUGUUACAGCAGACAGCGUUAUUAAUCUGAGAAAAGUCGUGUGAUGUGAUCAUGUGAUGUCAUACUAUUCAGCUAUUUUAUAAUACAGCAUUAUUGUAAUGGUGGUUAUAUUUUAUAUGUGUUCAUUGAUGUGAUGUUUUAAACGUAGAUGAUUUCUCUUAACAUAUAUGAGUGUGUUAACAUAUGUUUUUUUUUGUUAUUGUUUUUUUUAAAAGAAAAUUUGAAUAUUUUCCUACAAAUGCACUAAUAAUACUUAUGUUUCGAUAGUUUUUAUCAUGGCCUUACUGGAUAUGUAGUAUUUAUUACAUUAUGAGGUAGUUUUUAUUUAAACAUUUGUCAAAACAUUUCUGUGUCUGUUGAUUGGUAUAUCUAUGUGUUCAAUCAAUUUCUUUUUUGUAUGAAGGUGCCCUGCUACCUUAUAAGUGAAUACUUUAUCUGGUGCUUUAAUGUCUUGUACUACCUCACUAUAGAUAUGUAGGGUGUACUUUCCUUAAACACAUUUAUAUGUAACAUAAAUUUAUGAUGAUAUUGGUAGAGGCAGUCCUAGAAUGAAAUAUUACUGGGAAUAAAAGUCAGUUUUUACAAUUUCAUGGAAUUUUUGGUAAUGAGACUUCUACUGCAUUGAAUUUUUUACAUGUAUUUUAAGUGCUUCAGAAAGAUCGGUGCUGUCUUGUGAAUUGUCAUUUUUUUAAAAAUCUUUCUCAAUAUACUAACAUCUGUCAGAUGUUAGUAUAUUGAUUUUAAAGUAUUGUUAUUUUAAUGAAGGUUCUUUUGAGUUGGAUAGCAAUUAAAUUUAUAUCUUUCUAGGAAUGCUUUUCUAGUUUUGAACAUGAUAAUAUCAAAAAUAUGAGCUACGUUCUGCUACCAAGGGUCUUUUCCUAAAGUUGACGCUAUGUAAACCAUUUUUAUACCAGCAUAUCCUAUAUUAUGUAAUAUAAUGUUUUUCAGAAUAGUAAGUCUUUAAAGCACACGUAUUAUUAUUUUGCCACUUUUCGACUGAAUUAAUUUCCCCAAAUCUAUGUAUUCUUUAGUCCAUGUAAUCAGUUGUUUUCUUUUGUUUGUUAUCAGGCAAUUCUGAAUUGUAAAUUUUGAGAUUGUAUAAUAUUGAAUUAAUUAUAUUGUGAAUAUAUCUUGUUGGGUGUAAAUACACACACAAAAAAAAAUCAAAAAUAGAAUUAUACUCCCUAUAUUGAUAAUUUUAAAUAUGUUUAUGUAUGUUUAUGAUAAUUGUCAAAUAUGUCUUAAGUACAAAAAAGUACAUCAUUUUCCAAUUAUUUGAAAUAUUCAAGCUUUCUAACAGAGCAUUUAUUUUCAAACUUUCAUUGCAUCAUUUGACUUUUAUUUGGCAAAACUUUGCAAAAGAGAUUUCAGGAACAAGAUUUCUCAAAUUGGCUCAUCUUGUAAAUCCAUUUCUGCUGAAGUUUACCCAUGAUCAGAAUUUCCUCUUAAUAAAUAGCAACUAUUAGACGGUCAACUCUACCACCAAGCCAUAAAUUUGUCUAAUGUUGAGGUUACUCUACUUAGACACUGUCUCCAUAAUCAUCAACAUUUGAAGUCUGAAGCUGGAACUUAAGAAUGACAAAUUUCAGAUUGACAUAACAUUUAUAUAGCAAAUUUAUAUUAUGGUAAUUGUGGUCAGCCAGCUGUAUCUACAAAAAAAAACACACUCAUGCAAAGUAUUGUGACAAUCUGUGCUAAUUUAACAAUGACAGAGCAAAAGGAAAAUUUACCCUUCCUUAAGGUAGUUCUGCACGUUUGAUAAACCGGAAGAAAUGGAAUGUCAUUUUAUAUGGAUAAAAUAGAAUAAAGUCUGGACUCAGCAUAAUUAUGGUAACAAAGUCAUUUUAUGAAUUAAUGGCAACCCUUUUGUAACUUAAUUAAAUGGCAACAUUUCUAUCUUUCUAAAGAUAGCAUAUGAAAGUUUGACAUGUUAAAUAAUUUUGAAUAGUGUCUUAAAAUUAGCUUGAAAUGUGCCAAUUUCUUUUUUCAUGGGCAAAGCACAUUGACCUAUACGUUUAAAUUCACCAUAUUAUAGACCAUAUGUUUAUCUACCACUGUGAGAAGUUUGUAGAAAAAUUUUUAUUCCUGGAAAUGUCAUCAAAAUUGUGAUUUUCCCAUUGACUUCCAUUAUGAAAAUUUGUGUGAGGUCCAAAUUUUUCAGUCUAGCAAAAAAAAUAAGCACACGACCCUAUCAUUUCAUUUGCUGAAGUUUUGAAAAAUCAGGGUUUAAUAAGAUUCUUCUUUGUGAAAAAAAAAAUUAAUCUGAAAUGAGCAGAACUACCUUAAAUCAAAGUGUAAAGUUUCAGACUUAAAGCGUUGAUGAAUAUAGGCCCUGGUAUACAUGAUACAAAUUGGUUUAAACCUCUAUAAAUUCAUGCGGUUAAAACUUCUUUUAUUACACUUCAUUACUAAUGAAACUUGGUACAUCUGUUUAAUGAUAGGAACUAUUAUAAGGCAAAGUUUGAACAUGGAAGUCAGAAAACGAAAACGUGAAACAAUUUUUGAAGUCUGAAGUCCAAAUUUUACAUUUAAAGCAUUGAUGAAUACAGACCAAGAAAAACAUAAAACAUGCAAUUCUCUUUGAAAAGUCAAAAAUGCGUCCCAAGUCGAGUAAGUCGCCAUAUGACCUAUAAUUGUGUCGGUGUGACUUUAAACCCAACAAUAAUGGAACAGAAAAACCAAGGAGAUUACAUUUUUUGCAAGAUAGUCAAACAGGAUUCUUUAUUUCUAUAUGCUGUGCCUUUAAAAGGUCAAACAGAGCUAUCUGUGUAAAGAUAGGAAAAGAUUUAGUUAGGUAGUUACACGAGUUACUAGUCACAAUAAUUAUUUUAUAAUACUCGUAGUA